GCCAGAGGAAGAGCCCUGGGUCCCGCGUCUGAGCCGGUCUCACCGCUUGCCCGGGCCCCACGUUCACUGUCCAAGCCAAGGAAUGGAACUCAGCCUCUGAAAUCCAGCGUGCUGACAGGGGGGUCUCGUCAGUGUCGGUGCCAUUGGAACAGGAAAGCCAGAGAUGGACCUUGUGAGACUUGCCCGGCUCUUCUCCAGCCCUUGCCCUGUGAGACUGUCUAUCCUCCAACAUCUCAACCCACUUGGAGCCCAAUGGGCAGGAGGCAGGGAGUGGCUUGCCAUGUGGCAGACCUGGCCAGUGUCAGCCUUCAGUAGUUUUUCCUGCCAACUGCCACCAGGCCAAGGGAACCAGAAGAACAUGAGCAGCCUGCCCUCCAACCCAAGCCAGCCCAGCUCCAUGGACCCUCAGGAGGAAGAGGAGGAGGAAAGUUUUGGAACCCUCUCCAACAAGUACUCUUCUCGGAGAUUAUUUCGCAAAUCAACAGCUCAGUUGUAUAACCUGCAACUAAGGGAACAAAAUGCUGAGGAAGAUGAGGAAGGUAAACUGGAGCCAAAAUCCUGGCAGGGUCGGAAGAACACGCCAUACUGGUAUUUCUUUCAGUGCAAACGCCUGAUCAAGGAAGGAAAGCUGGCCGAGGCUCUGGAGCUGUUUGAAAGGCAGAUGCUGAAAGAGGAGCGACUGCAGCCACUUGAAUGCAACUACACAGUGCUGAUCGGGGGCUGCGGGCGAGCAGGCUACCUAAAGAAGGCCUUCCGGCUCUACAAUGACAUGAAGAAGCGAGACCUGGAGCCCUCUGAUGCCACAUACACAGCCCUGUUCAAUGUCUGUGCUGAGUCCCCCUGGAAGGACUCAGCUCUGCAGAGUGCCCUGAAGCUCCAACAGCAGCUUCGGGCCAAAAACUUCCAGCUCAAUCUAAAAACAUACCAUGCCCUGCUGAAGGUGGCCGCCAAGUGUGCAGACCUGAGGAUGUGCCUCGAUGUAUUCAAGGAAAUCGUCUACAAGGGCCACGUGGUCACAGAGGAGACCUUCAAUUUCCUGCUUAUGGGUUGCAUCCAGGACAAGAAGACUGGCUUCCGACAUGCUCUACAGGUGUGGAGACAGAUGCUGAGUCUGGGGAUCAAGCCAAACCGGCAUGGCUAUAACCUGCUCUUGGGGGCAGCUCGAGACUGUGGCCUGGGAGACCCAGAGGUGGCCUCCAGGCUGCUCUUGAGGUCCAGCGAGGAGAUGGUCCUGCUUCCGCACCAGGAAGGCAAGCAGCGGGCAGGGAAGAGAGACCCACCCAGGGCAGGUGGUGGCACAUCAGCAAGACUGCUUGUGGAGGCCCUGGAGAGGCAACUCUGCAUGGAACUUUCUCCAGCACUUGAGGUUCCUCCGGAGCCUUUGAAGUCUACAGUGUCUGAUAAGGCCCAACCUGAGGUGGAAACCAACAAAGAGACCAGCCAUACUGCAGCCCUUACCCUCAGGCCCCCAAAGCCACUUCCCUUAGAACUGGAGGUCAACCUCCUGGCCCUUGGGGCUGUCUCCCCAGCUGUAGUCUCACUUGGGGCAGUGACCACCCCUGCUGACAGGCUGGUCUUGAUGGGGGGCCUGGAAGGCUUCCUAGGCAAGAUGGCUGAGCAUGGGCUGCGGCCCAACAUCAAGACUCUCACGCUGCUGGCUGAGGUGGUAGAGCCUGGGAGCCCUGCAGAGUCCUCACUGCUGACCAUCCUGGAUAGGCACCAGGUGGAGGCCGAUGUGACAUUUUUCAACACACUAAUGAGGAAGAAGAGCAAGCUGGGGGACCUGGAGGGGGCAAAGGCACUCUUGCCAGUCCUGGCGAAGAGGGGACUCAUCCCCAAUCUGCACACGUUCUGCAACCUGGCCAUUGGGUGUCACAGGCACACGGAUGGUCUGCAGCUGCUGGCAGACAUGAAGAAAUCCCAUAUGAUCCCAAACACCUACAUCUACAGCACCCUCAUCAAUGCAGCCCUUAAGAAGUUGGACUACAGCUAUCUCAUCGACAUCCUGAAGGACAUGAAGCACAGCAGAGUUCCAGUGAAUGAAGUGGUCAUCCGCCAACUGGAGUUUGCAGCCGAGUACCCACCCACCUUUGACCGGUACCAAGGGAAGAACACCUACUUGGAGAAGAUUGAUGGCUUCCGAGCUUAUUACAAACAGUGGCUGAAAGUGAUGCCAGCAGAGGAAACCACCCACCCCUGGCAGGUGUUCCGGACCAAACCCAAAGGAGACCAGGACACCGCCAGAGACAUUGGUACAGACAGAAGCUUUGAGGGCAGGUGAUAAGGGCACAUGGCUGGCACAAAAUGUGUGGACUUUUCAGUGCCUGGUGGGAGUCUCAGCGUGCUGCUAUUGGUUUGAGGACAUCUGUCAGGCCCAGGUGCUCUGACUGAACCUCAGGGACAAAAAGUCCCCAGGGCCAGGCCUGGCACUCUUCUAGGUUCUGUGGCUUAUUGCCCUGAAAGAAUGCAAGACUCAAGAGGCCUAAAGACUUUAUUAUUACAAAUCACAGCUGGUGGACACCAAACCUUCACCUGAAGAGAUCACACUCCAACUAGGGCCCAGAGCGCUGCUCCAAAAAGAGCUGCUCCCGGGGUCCAAAGUCCACGAUGGAGAAGCCUCAGGGCCAGAUGGCCUUAGCCAGAGCAGCCUCUGCAGCCGCAGUGCGUGCACUCGAUGAUGCGACCCUGCAACAGAGGACAGCUGACCAUGAGACACCAUGUCCAGUGCCACGUACCCCUGCAGCUCCCACACAGUGGCCUCCAAGUAGGAUGCCAGUGGGACUUCCUGCAGUAUACCUCUCAAAA